AAAAAUGGCUUCAUGUGCUAUUCAUUUGCUCAUAUUUUCUGUUUUUAUCUAUAUAACUAAUUUCACAUAUGCGCAACCAUCUUUUCGGCCCGAUGCAUUGGUGGUUCCGGUUAGAAAAGAUGCAGCCACUAACCAAUAUGUCACUCGAAUCAACCAAAGAACUCCAUUAGUAACCGAAAACCUGGUGGUUGAUCUAGGUGGUCGGUUUUUAUGGGUGGAUUGUGAUAAUAACUACGUUUCGUCAACUUACCAACCGGCUAGGUGUAGGUCGGCUCUCUGCUCGUUAGCUAGAGCCGAUGGAUGCGGGGACUGUUUUGGUACACCUAGACCGGGGUGUAAUAAUAACACAUGUGGGGUUUCUCCUGACAAUCCUAUUACUAGGACUGCAACAGGUGGUGAGCUAGCAACGGACCUUGUUCAGGUCCGAUCCACUGACGGGUCGAAUCCUGGUCGGCCCGUUAAUGUGUCUAGAUAUUUGUUUUCAUGUGCACCCACAUUCUUGUUACAAGGACUUGCUAGUGGUGUAUCUGGAAUUGCUGGGCUGGGCCGGACCAGAGUUGGGCUUCCGGCCCAGCUCGCUGCAGCUUUCAGCUUUGACCGAAAGUUUGCUAUUUGUUUGUCAUCAUCCACGUCAUCAGAUGGUGUUAUUUUCUUUGGGGAUGGACCAUAUAGAUUCUUACCGGGUAUUGACGUUUCACAAUCACUCCAAACCACACGGCUUUUUAUCAACCCUGUAAGCACGGCUUCAUCCUCCACACAAGGCGAGCCAUCAGCCGAGUACUUUAUAGGAGUAAGUUCAAUCAGGGUCAACAAUAAAUCUCUAUCUUUGAACACUUCAUUGCUCUCAAUUGAUAGUCAAGGCAAUGGCGGAACCAAAAUUAGCACAGUUAAUCCUUACACGGUCCUUGAGACCUCAAUCUACACCGCUCUUACUACCGCCUACAUUAAUGAGGCGGCAGCUAGAAACAUAUCUAGAGUUACAUCUGUAGCACCUUUCGACGUGUGCUUCAGCACUGAAAAUGUGCUAAGCACACGUGUAGGACCAUCGGUCCCAUCUAUUGAGCUAGUUUUACAAAACGAGAGUGUCGUAUGGAUGAUCACUGGAUCGAACUCUAUGGUUCAAGUAAACGAUAACGUGUUAUGUCUUGGUAUCAUCAAUGGUGGAUCAAACCCAAGGACAUCAGUGGUCAUUGGAGGGUAUCAACUAGAGAACAAUCUUCUUCAAUUUGAUAUUGCUACUUCAACCUUAGGAUUCAGUUCCACACUUUUGGGCAGGCAAACCACUUGUGCCAACUUCAACUUUACUUUGAGUGCCUAAAAUUCAUUUGGUUCUUAUACUAUUCAUAAUUAAAUAAUAUUCCCAUUUCUUAUUUCUAUAUAUAAGAUGGGUUUAUGUUGUAAAUUGUAAUCAUUUUGUAUUUUUACAUAUGUAUACAAAAAUAAUCUUGUGAACCAAA